AUGCGAAGCCAACCAGUAAAUUGGUUUUUCCUCGUUCUAUCCCUCAGCGAUCUUACCGUACUCAUCGCCUCAUUCUUUGUCUUUUCUGUUCCCGUCUAUGCUGAAGCGGUUGACGAUAUCGAUUUAAUGCGAAAUUCCGCUGUACUGAUAGUGUGGUUCUAUCCAUUAGCACAGACUGGACUCACUAUGUCCGUUUACCUGACAAUUUUGGUAUCGGUACAUCGAUUCCUAGGAGUGUGCCAUCCAUUCUUGGUAAGAUAUUUGUAUAAUAUUGCUGGAGCUAUAAAGUUGUGGUAUAAUCAAGAAAAUUAA